AUGGCCAAGAGUAAAGAUGCCCGAAUAAGGGUUCUUUUGGAAUGUACUAGUUGUGUACGAGACGGUGUUAAUAAGGAAUCAACAGGCAUUUCCAGAUAUAUUACUGAAAAAAAUCGACACAAUACGCCCGGUCGAUUGGAAUUGCAAAAAUUCUGUCCCUAUUGUUAUAAACAUACGAUUCAUGGGGAGAUAAAAAAAUAG